AUGGGAAAAACGCAAAUAUGGGAAAAACGCAAAUAUGGGAAAAACGCAAAUAUGGGAAAAACGCAAAUAUGGAAAAAACGCAAAUAUGGGAACAACGCAAAUAUGGGACCAACGCAAAUAUGGGAAAAACGCAAAUAUGGGAAAAACGCAAAUAUGGGAAAAACGCAACUAUGGGAAAAACGCAACUAUGGGAAAAACGCAACUAUGGGAAAAACGCAACUAUGGGAAAAACGCAACUAUGGGAAAAACGCAAGUAUGGGAAAAACGCAAGGUUGGGAAAAACGCAAGUAUGGGAAAGACGCAAGUAUGGGAAAGACGCAAGUAUGGGAAAGACGCAAGUAUGGGAAAGACGCAAGUAUGGGAAAGACGCAAGUAUGGGAAAGACGCAAGUAUGGGAAAGACGCAAGUAUGGGAAAGACGCAAGUAUGGGAAAAACGCAAGUAUGGGAAAAACGCAAGUAUGGGAAAAACGCAAGUAUGGGAAGAACGCAAAUAUGGGAAUAACGCAAACAUGGGAAGAACGCAAAUGUAG